GCCCUCUACCGUUCGCUCUUUCGCCCCAGACAAGGACUGUGCUUUUCAGUCGUCUUUUUCAUUUUCACAGUAAAGUCUCGCAAAAAAAAUCCGCAAACAUGAGCAGGAAAUUCUUCGUCGGUGGCAACUGGAAAAUGAACGGCGACAAGAAAAGCCUCGGGGAGCUCAUCCAGACCCUGAAUAGUGGCAAGGUGGACUCCAAUGUCGAGGUGGUGUGCGGUGCUCCAUCCAUCUACCUGGACUUCGCCAGGUCCAAACUGGAUGCCAAGUUUGGAGUGGCGGCUCAGAACUGCUACAAAGUUUCCAAGGGUGCCUUUACUGGGGAGAUUAGCCCUGCGAUGAUCAAGGACUGCGGCGUGAACUGGGUUAUCCUGGGACACUCCGAGCGGCGCCACGUCUUCGGCGAGAGCGACGAGCUGAUUGGUCAGAAGACUGCUCAUGCUCUGGAGAGCGGUCUCGGCGUGAUCGCCUGCAUCGGCGAGAAGCUGGAUGAGAGGGAGGGAGGCAUCACAGAGAAGGUGGUGUUUGCCCAGACCAAAGUCAUCGCAGACAACGUAAAGGACUGGAGCAAGGUCGUGCUUGCUUAUGAGCCUGUGUGGGCUAUUGGCACUGGGAAGACUGCGUCUCCCCAGCAGGCCCAGGAAGUUCAUGAGAAACUGAGGGCGUGGCUGAAGACCAACGUGUCUGAUGCUGUAGCCAACUCUGUGAGGAUCAUCUAUGGAGGUUCAGUAACUGGUGGCACCUGUAAAGAACUGGCCUCCCAGAAGGACGUGGAUGGUUUCCUGGUGGGUGGAGCCUCUCUCAAGCCAGAGUUCAUCGACAUCAUCAAUGCCAAGGCGUAAAGACCCAACCGGAUCGGCUCCCUCAACUCGCAGUGCUUCUUCCCCUCUCUCUCUGUUCGAACCAUUUGUGUAAUGUCGUCAUUCCCUCGGUUUUUGUCCUCCUUUUUUAUCUUUUGGUAUAUUUUCCCAUAAAGAAAAAAGGGACAGGCUGACACAGGCACUGGUGCUGCACUGAUGAGUCUACUGAGAACGGCCUGCGAUCAAACCUGACCUCCACACAAAGUGCUCAAGCUGACUACCAGAUGUGGACGCGCGGUCCCCUGCCUUUACUUGAAAGGUUUACGAACUUCUUCUGUAAUUGUUUUUAGGAUAAAUUGUGUCGCAGUUCUUGUCGGUUUGUUUUUACUCUGUCUCUUCGUGUGAUUGUGAAGAUCUGUGGCUUUUUUCCCUCACGGUAGACGUGCAUGAUCCUUUUUUUUUUAAUCACUCGUUUUGCAGAGAGAAAAGUGUCCAUUAACACGUUGGCUGUAUUGUGUUAUGACCCACAGUUAGAAGGGAAACUAUACGGAAAUAUUCUAAUAAACGGUUUCAAGGAUA